AGGUAGAGUGGAGAGGAGAGGGCGGCUAGUCGGGAACGUCAGGAUAGGAUGGGGAUUGGUUUGCCGUGAUUUUUUACAAGUGUGAUUUGUGUUGUGUUUAUGUAGUUUAUCAAUGAAAACACUUCUUAUUUUGUUUUCUAAAGACAGUACUAAACUAAGAAACCUGCAUAUACACGGACGCUGCAGUGUCAACAGUUCCGUGGAGCCCGGGGUUUGGUCAUGUGAAUUUGUGUCAAUUAUUUGCUGAGUCUGAUCGAGGCUUCCAUUAUUUUUCAAGAUCAAAUAAAUAAGUUCCUGUAACGCCGUCCAUCGCGGCUUUAAAUUAAACAAGCAUGUGUUUAUGAGUGGAGCACGGGAGAUGGGGGGCGCGCGGUUCGUCGCGUGCGCGCUGCUGCUGCUCUGUCCGCUGGCCCUGAGUCGCCACGACGAGGACUUCGCGUUCGACAACAGCGAGGAAUUCCAGGUUGAACUAACAGCAAACCAUUCAGAAAUAGCGAAGAAUGGCCUAAAAAGGUUAUGGGGUGUUCCUGAUACAUCGGCCUACGUGGGACACUUGUUCCGAAUGGAAAUACCCAAACAAGCAUUCACCGGCGACGUACUAGCAUAUAAGGUUCACAGCGAAGAUGGACGCCGCACGCCAAGCUGGCUGGCCGUGGACUCGAGACACGGGCUGAUCAGCGGCGUACCGCAACCGCAGGACCUCGGCCCGCACACCUUCACCGUCACCGCGCACGGACGGAUCCGCGGGCUCAGCGCGACGGACUCGUUCACUAUCGAGGUGAAGAAAGCGGAAGAGAAACCCCACUCCAAAUAUGGCUCUUGCGUGGGCUCCGAAAACCGCCUAGUGCUCGCGGUUCUGGUGGACGGGGCCUUCCAGAACAUCUCUCCGCGGCAGCGGAUACGCGCGCUCAUGGAACUAGCCAGCUUCAUGGCCCUAGACUGGGACGAGUUCUGGAUUGAGCCGUACAAGACGGAAACGGCGCGGACGCAGUCGGUGCUGAUGAGCGGUGUCGGCUCAGCUUCGCGCAGGCACGGUGACGCCACGACUGCCAUCUACUUGAAUGUGGGCUGCGGUGAGAAGCUAUGGAGCCGGCACAAGGUGCUGGUGGCAGGUCUACGCGAGCAGUCCCGCGACGGCACGCUGGCGCACCUGCUGCGGCUGCCCGUCAUCGGCUGGCGGCUGACGGCCGUCAAGCCCGUGCCUCGACUCAAGAGACAGUCACCUCAAGACCUGGACGACGGUUCCGGCGCGGGCUACGACAACUACGACGACGACGAGGACGCCGGCGACUACAGCGGCUACGACGACGCCGAGGACGACGACAUUUACAAGGACGUCGACCCGCCCGCCGGGCCAGAGAUGGUGGACGCCCCGCCCCCCGCCCUCCCCCCCGCCGCGUCCACGCCCCCGCACCCGCACCGCCACCACCACGGCGAGUCACCCGACACCACCACCGACACGUUUCAGACCGAGGCGCCGCCGACGACGACCCCCCUCCCCCUCCCCACGCCGCCCCCGCACACCCUCCCCCCCUCCCCCCCGCCCGUCACCACCCCUCCACCCGCUUCCACAGUGCCCCCCUCCCCGCCCGCCACCCGCCCCGUCACCGCCACCGAAGGAACUACGCGCGCAGAAGAAACCACUCCCGAGCCCGCCUCUACUAAUACAUAUACCACGGAGCUGGAACCUAAAGUGAAAAUCACUCCGUACGGCGCCGAAACAGCAUCAGAAGCCAGUAUUGUGAGUUAUUCCGCCGUGCCGGCGACAAACCCCAGGACCUUCGACCAUGACCAUGUCAUCAUAGUACCUGGUGACGAUUCCACCACCACAGAAGCCGAGACGCAGACUGUUAUAAUUCGCGCGUCCAACGAGCCCUCUUCCACCGAGCCGCCACCCUCUUCCACCACGCCCGAGGCCACAGCACCCACACCAGCUACCACGACAUCAACAUCGACAACUGAGGCGCCGACCACGAUGUCGACAACUUCAACGACGUCGACAACUUCAACGACGACGGAGGCGGCGCUGCCUGUGACUGAAAUUACAGAAGUCACGAAGGAGGAGUCGGUCACGCCAUCGGAACGAUCAAGCACGAUCUUCGGCCGAACCACUGAGACUGUGACGUUCCCGAUACCUGUGACCAAGAAACCGCCAUCGCUCAAACACCACAUGAAGAAAGUCGCCACCGCCGCUGGGAAAGCGUUCAGAUACGUGAUCCCCGCGAACCUGUUCACGGACCCCGAGGACGACAACAACCUGACGUACACCAUGUACAUGAAAGAGGGUACCAAGCUCGGCAGGAACUCCUGGAUACAGUUCCUACCUUCCAAACUGGAGGUGUAUGCGUUGCCCUUAGAAGCGCACGUGUCUCGCUGGAACUUCGUGAUCGAAGCACAAGAUAGCGAGGGCCGCACAGCUCAGGGACCGCUCGAUAUCACCGUCCAACAGCACAAAGCCGCCCGGACGAUCAACCAUCAAUUCGUCAUGCACUUCAAACUGAACAAGACCUUCACCUACGACCUGGACUGGCAGAUCCGCGCGCUCGAAGGCAUCGUCAACCUUCUGGCCACAGACAUGCACCACAUUACUGUGCUGAAUGUGUCGCAGACCGGGGACGUCUGCGAGUUCGUGUGGACCAACGAUACCCUGCCCAAGGAGACCGCGUGUCCUAUGGAUGAUAUCAAGAGACUGAUGCAGAUAAUGGAGUCCCGCCCCGAAUCUCACUCACCGUCCCAGCGGCUGCGCGACGUGAUGUCGCCCGAGCUGUCGGUGCUGGACGUGGCGUGGCGUGGCGCCGGCCGCUGCGUGCCCGCCGCCGCCGCCACGCCCGCCGCCGACACCUACCCGCCCGUCACGCGCAACCAGGUCGACAUGCUGCGCGCCACCGUAGGACACCUGCUGCUCUACAAGGUGCCCGAGGACACGUUCUUCGACCCCGAGGACGGCGGCACGCGCAACCUCGCCUUGUCGCUCCGCUACCAGGACCGCAGCGAGCUGCCCGCGCCGCACUGGCUGCAGUUCGACGCGCGCAACCAGGAGUUCUACGGCCUGCCCUCCGCCACCGACGUCGGCACCGUCCACUACCAGCUGAUCGCUGAAGACUCUAGCAAGAAGAGCGCCUACGACAGCCUCAUAGUGGAGGUGAUGAAAGCGCCCGCCAUCAAGCCGACCGUCGAGUUCCAGAUGACGCUCGACUACGAUUUCCAGCAGCUCGCGCACAGCGCCAACAACAAGAGGAAGAUCGUCGAGAAACUCGCCGCGCUCUUCGGGGAUAAGGACACCAGUAAUAUUAGAAUUCGGAAUAUUACGGAUCAUCCUCAUGCUAGCACUACUAUUAUUUGGUACAACACAAGCUUACCAAUGGACAGCUGUCCGAAAGACAAAAUCGAGACGCUCCGCAAACUGAUAAUCGCCGACGACGGCGCCCUAAAGGACAUCGUGGACACCGUGUUCGACAAGGAGAAGGUCAUGUCGAUAACCCUGAUCCCGCUCGGGUUGUGCGGAGACCAGGGUACGAAGAUUGUGAAGCCUCCGCCGCCCGGGCCAGGCGGGUCGACCACCUCGCACCGAGGUGCACCCGGCGCUGCCGCCGAGGCUGGCUAUACCGAGUACCUGGUGACCUUCGUCAUCCCCGCCGUGGUCAUCGUGUGCAUGCUGCUCGUGGCCGGCAUCAUCGCCUGCGUGCUCUAUAGGAGGCGACGGACCGGAAAAAUGAGCGUCGGCGACGAGGAGGAGCGGCAGGCGUUCCGCUCGAAGGGCAUCCCCGUGAUCUUCCAGGACGAGCUGGACGAGCGCGCCGACGCCGAGCCCGUGCACAAGAGCCCCGUCAUCAUGCGCGAGGAGAAGCCCCCCCUCCUCCCCCCGGCGCCCGACUACCGCGGCGACGACGCGCCCUACCGCCCGCCGCCGCCCUUCGCCGCCACCCGCACGCCCCCCAGGCCCAAGGCCACGCCCACCUACAGGAAGCCUCCCCCGUACGUCCCGCCUUAACU